AUGAAGAUUACAAAACACAAGAAAACUCGUAAGUAUAUGAGUUUUUACAUAAAUAAUUUUGGAUUCCGGGAACCGUUGCUUGUGCUGAUCGAUGGAAGUUUCUGCCAUGCUGCGUACAAGGUGCGGCUCCAAAUAGAAGAGCAGUUAAAAAAGUACUUCCAGUGCGAGGUGAAACCGAUCGUGACGGCCUGUAUCAUCACGGAGACGGACAAUCUCGGCCCGGCAUUCAUUGGCACCAGCCAGCUGUUGAAGAAAUUUCUCGUUCAUCGUUGCGGGCACGAGAAGCGACCGCUCGAUGGUGCCGCUUGCAUUAAAGCGAUGACAAAAACGUGUCAUUAUAUCGUGGCAACGCAGGACCGUGCGCUGCAGGAAUGGGUACGAGGCAACCCGGGCAUUCCGCUGUUCUAUCUGCACAACGGGUCCGUCCCGACGUUGGUACAACCGUCGGAGGUGCAUCGUCAGGCGGCAGCUGAUGGGCAGAAGAAUCGGGUUGGUAUUCGUGAGCUUGAUCAAAAGAUGAUUCAAGCGCUGAAGGCGAAAGAAGGUAUCACCGUGCCCGAAACGCCCGUGCGCAAAAAGCCCAAAAAACCCAAAAAUCCUAAUCCACUGUCGUGCAAAAAGUCGAAGAAAAAGAAAAACGAUGUAACAAUUGGAAGGAAUGAAUCAGAUGGAAAACCGGCAACGGUUGGUGAUAGUGGAAUAGUUAAGAAAACGAGUAGAAAACGUAUCAAGCUACCGAAACACGUUAUAGAGCAUUUGAAAGUAUCAAAUGCAGCGCAAAAUAAAGGAAGUAACUGA